AUGCUAACCAAUGUUAGCCAAAAAUGUUUAACAGGGCCAGUAAAAGAGAAGUCACUAUGGAGAGAUAGCAGCUACGAAGUGUAUACCUUAGAAGGCCACAAUGAUAUCAUACUCUCUGUGGACUGUACUGAUGAAUUCAUCAUCUCUGCUAGCCGAGACACAACUGUGAAAGUGUGGCGAAUCUCUAAGACCAAAGAAGAGCGAAGUUUGAGAGGGCACACAGCAUCAGUUACAGCUGUGGCAUUCCUGCCUGCAGAAUUAGCGUACUCUUUGUUGAGAAAAUUUGAGUAUGAUCCAGAGUCGAUGCGAUUUUCCUACAGUAAAGGACCUCCAGACUGCAGAGUUUUGGCUGUUUCAGGGAGCUUAGAUUGCACUUUGAGAGUGUGGGACAUUACCACAGGUGAAAGUUUUGGCUCAAUAUACACGUACAAUGGUAUUACUGUGAUGCAGUGUGCAAACUGGGGUACUGUUACUGGAACAGAAGGAGGAAAACUCGAAGUGUGGUGCCUUAUUAAGGGAAACCGUCACACUUUCGUCAAUGCGUUCCAGUGCCAAGUCGCAGCGCUAUAUAUUGAAAAUGAUCAAAUUUAUGCAGGAAGUGCAGAAGGAGAUAUAGGCAUCUGGCAAUAUAACGUAUUGUCCCGGACUCUGAGCUCUGUUUUUUUCAUGGAAUUAGAAUCUCAGGCUUAUGUUCCUCUUAAAUGUCUCUCCACUCUAAUUGGUAUUGGAGGGGUGCUGUUUUUGGGUGACAACGGACCAAAUAUUAAAAUUUUGGACUGGAAAAAAGGUAGUGUUACUCUCCUACGUAACCAUAGAGUAGAUAUUGGGAUGACCGAUAGCAUAGCAGUAGCAGCAGAUGGACACUUACUCUCAUCAUCUUACUGUAUUGAUACUGGAGCACUCUUCCAUAAAUGGUUAGUUGGUGUCUUGCCACAUACAACUACAGAGGCAAGGAAGCCUUUUUAUUUUAGAAAGAAGCUAGAAAAACUCAACUCAUUACAGACUAAGAUUUCUGAUGAGUUCUUUCCAUCCUAA